GGGGAAACGGAUAGGAUACAACAAAAAACCGCUGUGCCAGUAGGAACGCGAAAUCUGGCCUGUAGUGUGCGUUGCUCGAUUACGGCGACUGUUUGUGACUCAUUUUGACAUUCGUACCAUAUACAAUAUUCUUUCCUUCAAUACAUACAUACAUAACGCUGUAUUAUCGAGAGACCUGUGCACGGGUGGAAUAGAGAUAGAGAGUGACAACGAGUCAAAGCGCAGGAGAUGCACACCGAGUCCCGCUUCGUAUGCGAAUGACACGGACUAAAAACAAAUUGCUUACAUGUUAUACUAUAUUUAUUUAUUUUUUCAAAUAUAUCCCAGAGUACAAAUAAACAUAUCAGUGUGAUAUCAAAUUAAUAUAUAUAUUGUUGCCAGACAACAAUAUUAGAUAUAUUUCUAUUGUACAUAUUAAAAAGCUAGUAUAUUUUUUGCUAAGCGUUAGACAACAGAGCGUUAUUUUAGUAUCAAGCAACAAUAAACAAAAACAACGAAGCAAGUUCAAAGUGUGUUCAAUUGUUUUACCACCCGUGCUGUGAUAUCAUCAAUCAGAAAAAGAGACCCUUCGAUACGAGUGCGAGUGCUGUAAUCCCAAACAGAAGAAGAUCGUCAGUGGUUCAUAAGCCAUGGCCAACAGGGAUGAUUAUUUGACCGAGUACCGGCAGUUCUUCGAGGCCUUCGCCCAAACUGUUAACCCCAACGAACAACUACCUGUUAAAUUGGGCAGUUACAAGUUCAUCAACUUGGAGGUCGUCGGAGGUAUCAUCGACUGGACCACCCAAUACCUAACAGAGAA